ACCGUCCCAGGCAUCAUCAGAUCCAAACCAGCAACCCGCUCAAGAUGAAGUUCCUUCUUCUGGCCGCCUUCGUCGCCGUGUGCACUGCUUCCACAGUGUACAGGAACCGCAACAUCUCCGUCAACGACGAUGGCAGCAUCUUGAUCACCUCUCCAACCGGUAAGCGUGUCAUGAUCACCCGCCCUGUGGGCGUCAACGGCCAGCGAAACAUCGACAUCUCCGUCUCCGGGCCCAACAUCCCGACCAAGACCAUCCAAAUCAACGACAACAACCUCUACGACUCCGAGUACGCCUACGGCGGCUACCCGUACUCUUCCUACGACGGCGUCAACGAGGAGUACAGGACCAAGAGGGGCUCCAAGGGCAAGAGCCAAGGGGACGUCCUCGGGGAGAUCUUCAGGGAGUACCAAGGCGCCGUCAACGAGCCCCAGUACGAAGUCCUCCUGACCAGAAUCAGCAAGGCUGUGAAGAAGGGCGAGCUCAGUCCCCAGGUGUUUGAUUUGCUGGAAGGGCUCGAGCGCGGAUACGGCUCUGGAUAUGGCUACGGGUCUGGGUAUGGGUACGGAUCUGGGUAUGGGUACGGAUCUGGAUAUGGCUCAGGAUAUGGGUCUAAAUAUGGGUCUGGAUAUGGCGUUGGGUAUGGUUAUGGAUCUGGCUAUGGCCCAUAUGCGUCUGGGUAUUAUGGUUCUGGUUACGGACCGUACUAUGGAGGCUACUAUGGCUCCUACCUGCCAUGGUGGUACCCCCGCAGCUACUACCGCGGCCAACAGUACGGACCAUACUAUGGCAACUACUAUGGCAAAGACCAGUACUAUGGCAGCUCUCGCUAUGUGAACCCCCUUUUGCAAAAAAUGUUGUACGGCAGCCAAGGCGGCUACGGUGACUACUACUACAACCAAGGUGGCUACGGAUACGUCCCUUACAAAUCGUACGCGAAAGGGUAUCUUGGCAAAAACUACUACUACCCCUACCGUGGAGUUUCCGAUUCUUAUGAAACUUAUGGACAGUUGAAAGAAGAACAACCCAUUGAGGAUUUCGUUGAAUUUGAACGAGAACAAGAAUACCCAUAUGCUGGCUUCUACGGGUAUUACUACAACUCACCCUACUACAAGGACUACCGUGGGGGAAGAGGCUCUUACUACAACAGUGUUCCUCAAGUUCAGGCCUAUUAAGCUGAUAUGAAAAUGAAUGUUUUGAAACGGCAAUUGUAAUUAUGUGCAUUGUGAAAUAAAUAUUGAUUUAUUACAA